UUAAAUGAGUAGAGGUAGAGGGCUAUAGGCGUGUCAGUGGGUUUUAAGAAUGCCUUCGUAAUAAAUUGAAUAUCCAAUUGUAUUAUUUUUUACUCUUAAUUAUUAAUUAAGAACAACACGAUGAAGUACCGGCGAGAGACCAUGAGGUAUUCUUUGUUUAUUGUUGUAGCGUCUGUCUUCUAUGCGUCUGCCUCAAUUCAAUAUCCACCGCAGAUAACAAAACAACCACCAACAGAUGAGCUGCUCUUUCAAGUAGCCCAAACAGCACUCAAUGAAAAUGACAAACCCUUCGUCAUUGAGUGCGAGGCGGAUGCAGAACCUGCACCUGUAUAUCGUUGGAUAAAAAAUGGGAAGAAAUUCGAAUGGCCAGCGUACGACGAUCGUAUUUCCCAGCAACCGGGUCGAGGUACUCUGGUGAUUUCUCGUCCCCGAGAUGAAGAUCUCGGACAGUAUCAGUGCUUUGCUGAGAAUGAAUGGGGAAUAGCCACUUCGAACUCAGUCUUCGUAAGAAAAGCAGAACUCAACUCUUUCAAAGACGAAGAGCCGCAGACACUGACAGUGAGUGAAGGAAAUACCCUCAAACUCACGUGUGAGGCACCAGACGGUUGGCCAAAGCCCAAUGUUUAUUGGCUGAUUCAGGAUACAGCUGGGAUUGUAAAAUCCAUCAACAAUUCACGUAUGACCCUAGAUCCCGAGGGAAAUCUUUGGUUCUCCAACGUCACCAGAUACGAUGCCUCCGAGGAUUUCUAUUACACUUGUGCAGCAACAUCUCACUACAGAAACGAAUUCAAACUGGGUAACCGUUUUAUCUUGAACGUCAUUUCCUCAGGAGCAUCAGCAUCACAGAAUAAACACGAGCCAGAACGACAAUAUCUCUCUAGGAAGAACGAAGUAGCCCUUCGAGGUAAAAAAAUCGAGCUCUACUGUAUAUUUGGAGGAACUCCCCUGCCCGAAACAAUCUGGAUGAAGAAUGGUGUAAGAAUAAAACCGAACGAUCGAGUAACUCAUGGGAAUUAUGGAAAAUCGUUGAUAAUAAGAGAAACGCAGUUUGACGAUGAAGGAAUUUAUACCUGUGAAGCUUCCAACGGCGUUGGCAAAGCUGUGAGCCACUCAAUAGACCUUAAAAUUAUGGCAGUUCCUUACUUCACGGUACAACCUGAGGUUCAGACAGCAGCUGAAGAUGAAAUGGUUGAAUUCAGAUGUGAAGCCAGUGGAAUUCCCGAGCCGGAGAUCAAAUGGAUUCACAAUGGAAAGCCAAUCGAGGAGACACCUCCUAAUCCUCGACGAAAAGUCACUGCCAACAAAAUAAUAAUUGAAAAAUUGACAAAAAAAGAUACCGGUAAUUAUGGGUGUAACGCCACUAAUUCCCUGGGUUAUAUUUAUAAAGACGUUUAUAUCAACGUUCUUGCCUUGGAGCCAGAGAUAACGGAACCCCCGACAGACGAAGCAACAGUUGAUGGAAAGACUAUACAAAUGACGUGCAAGGUCUUUGGAGCACCAAAACCCGAAGUCAAGUGGAUCAGAAAUGGUCAAGAGCUCACUGGCGGUCGCUACAAAACCUUAGAAACCGGUGACCUCCAAAUAACAAACGUAAACUUUGGUGAUGCUGGCAGUUACACCUGUCAUGCAGCCAAUAAAUUCGGUCAAGUUGAAGCAUCAGCUUCCCUCAUAGUGAAAGAACACACAAAGAUAAUCGAAACCCCUGAGGAUUACGAAGUAUCUGCAGGUGACACAGCAACGUUCAGAUGUAAUGCAGUUGCUGACUCGAGUUUGACACUCCAAAUAGAUUGGCUGCGAAAUGACGAAGUUCUUGAUACAGAAACCGAACCAAGAUUCAUCAUAACCAGCGAUUUUUCCCUCUCAAUAACUAAAACCACUGAAUUAGAUUCUGGAAUUUAUUCAUGCUUAGCCAGCACUGAGCUAGACGAAAUGAGAGCUCAGGCCACAUUGAUAGUACAAGACGUGCCCAAUGCUCCAAUUCUUACAGGGACUCAUUGCUAUGAGAAAGAGGCUAAAGUCUCCUGGCAGCCAAUGGGAGACAAUCGUUCUCCUAUUCUACGUUAUGCCAUUCAAGCAAACACAUCAUUCACCCCAGAUGCUUGGGAGACACCUCAGGAGUCCAUUCCUGCUACAGAACAGACAUACUCCAUCCCCAUGUCCCCCUGGGCGAAUUACACAUUCAGAGUUAUUGCCUGGAACAAGAUAGGACCCUCAAUGCCAUCAGCCCAUUCCACAGUAUGCACCACUCAACCUGAUGUACCUUACAAAAAUCCAUCUAACGUUAUGGGAAAUGGCACAACUCCCCAGAAUCUUGUUAUUAGUUGGACUAUUAUGCCUCAGAUAGAGCAUAAUGCACCUAAAUUUAUCUACAGAGUUUAUUACAGACGAGAUAUAAGAGGAAAUGAUUGGAUGAGAGCUGAUAUUUCUAACUGGAGAACACAUUCGCUUGUAGUUGAGAAUCAACCGACGUAUCAACGUUAUCACAUUAAAGUGACAGCGAUCAAUGAGAUUGGAGAGUCCAGAGUGGUACCUGAUAUUGUCAUUGGAUAUUCUGGGGAGGAUCAACCAACAGCAGCACCAACAAAUUUCAAAGUUGAAAAUGUUCAAUCUAGUACAACUGCAGUGCUCACAUGGACUGGAGUUCCCUUGGACUCAGUCAAUGGAGAAUUGAGGGGUUACAAAGUUCAGACUUGGACAGAAAGAGAUGGAGAAGAUGGUAUGAGGGAGAUCACAGUGCCAGGUGCUGAUAGCACUAGGGCAGUUAUCAAUAAAUUUGUGCCGUUCAGUAAGAAUUAUGUGAGAAUAUUUGUCUAUAAUGGAAGGUUCAAUGGACCCCAUUCAGAGACAUUGAGCUUUCAAACCCCUGAAGGUGUCCCUGGAACUGUCCUGAGUCUUGAGGCCUAUCCUAUGGGAUCCAGUGCCUUCUGGCUGAGGUGGACUAAACCGGCUGAACCGAAUGGUCAAUUGACUGGUUACAGAAUUUAUUAUCAAGUGGUCAAUGGCACUGAGUUGGGAGCACUUCUGGAGCGUCAACCUCAUGUCCUCGACCCUCAAGCCACUGCCACUAAAUUAGCCAGUUUGAAACCUGAAACCAAGUACAGGGUGCACAUUAAAGCUACAACAAAUGCUGGUGAAGGGGUGAAUUUCUAUAUCGAGGAAACCACAAAAACCUCCAGAAAACCCGAUGUGCCGACUUUCAGAUGGGAGAAUGUUCCCAAGGACAAUGGUUAUGCCACUGUCAGAAUUAUUUGGAUGCCCAAUCGACAAGAAUAUCCUGGCAGUCACUUCUUUGUGACGUACAGGCUUUAUCAUCAUCCUCAUCAGCUUCAGACUGAUCCUGAGUUCCAGCGGGAUGAGAUUGAGGUCAGGGGACUUCAACCUGGAGAGACUUAUGAGAUGAGGGUGAUAGCAGUUGAUGGAAAAUAUCUAACAGCUAGUGAACCGCAGUUGGUGUGGACGAGCGAUGAUGGACCCAUCAUUGAACCUGCCGAGAAUUUUGCUAUUUCUAGCUGGUUUAUUGGUCUUCUCCUGGCGAUACUAGUGCUCAUUCUACUGCUGGUGCUUGUUUGCAUGGUGAAACGUAAUCGUGGAGGCAAAUACGCAGUUCUUGAGCGUGACUUGACAGCAGGAAGGAAUGAGUAUCCCGAUGGUUUCAGUGAAUAUUCCCAACCACUGGACACUAAAUCCACUGGUGGUCGAGCUUCCGCUGCUUCAUCGUCUCGUCACGAUGGAAAGCAGCAUGACUCCGAUGAGGAUUCCAUGGCAGAAUACCAAGAGGGUGACCCUGGGAUGAACGAAGAUGGAUCAUUCAUUGGUCACUACGGACAGAAAAGGGCGGAACCUAAUCCUCAGGCCUUCGCUACUGUUGUUACGGUGAGUGCUGGUGGAUAUACCGUAAGGGAAGGGCAUUGGGUUGGAAAGCAUCAUCCUGGUGCCGCGGCGAAAGAUAAGCACCUGCUAACGACGAUGCCGUGGGCCUCGUCCAUCCUAUUCACUGCUUUUCUCCUCCAAAUUGGCCAGGUUAUUACCAGACAUCAUCGAUCAGGCAAUUCACAUAAACCAGAGGGUGAUAUUUCCCUGUGGAUUGAUCGACAGCAAAUUAAAAUGUUCAGUGGAUUAGAAAUGGAGAUCUAUGCAAUAAGCGAGGGGAGAGUGCUGUCGUAUUUACUCGAUCCAGAGUUCGAGAUUAAACUACCAAUAAUACCCAGUGAAGUAUCUUACGUAAAUUUGACGUGGAAAUCAGGUGUUAAGAGGUACACCUACAAUUUCUACCAGCUGCAAUCCCAGGAUGAAUCGAUUCUAAAAACUCCGUCCAUUACGAUUAAAUCGAAGGGACGAGUGCCAAGAAAACCAAAAGAAUUCAGUAUUAAUUUGCCGUGUUCUGGAAAUAGCUCCGGUAUAGGACAAUUUGGAAUUGGUCUGAUGAUCGAAACGCGCAAGCAUAAACCACUGAAUGGAACACCUCUUCAUUUCAGCCUGAGAAAAGAAUGUGCUGUGCGCGGUGAGUGCGUCAGUCGCGCCCAAGAUCACCACUUCUUCACUCACACAGACAAGCCAAAUUCCGGACCGUGCCCAGAUGGUUAUCUAGGACCUCCACAUUGUAAAAAAGCUCUGUGUUAUCCAGCUUGUAUGAACGGUGGAAAUUGUACGGCCCCAGGGGUGUGUUCCUGCCCUCCAGGUUUUCAGGGUCCCAACUGUGAAGGAGGAAUUUGCACAGACAAAUGCUUGAACGGAGGAAAAUGCAUACAGAAAGAUACUUGCGAGUGUUCGAAGGGAUAUUUUGGUCUGCGUUGUGAAUUUUCAAAAUGUGUAAUUCCUUGCUUAAACGGUGGAAAAUGCAAGGGAAACAACAUCUGUAGGUGUCCAACUGGCUUCAAAGGUAAUCAUUGUGAGAUUGGCAGACGUUCACCACAGAGAUCUGCCUGCACUCGUGCCUGCAGGAAUGGCACCUGUCAACCUGACAACACGUGUUUAUGUGCAUCCGGAUGGUUUGGAAAAUUAUGCAACAAAAAUAAACCAUGGGCUUAGCAUCGCCAGAAGAUAAGAGAAAACCUCGAGGAAGAAAAAAACGAAUGAAAUUAGAGCCUUCUCGAUGACUUCAGUAUUUCAUUUUUUUUUUCGCUGUCGUACAUAUAGUUGUCUUUGGUAGUAUUAAUCAGUAUAGGGCAUAUUUUUAAUUUAAAAGAAAAUUGACUCAGUGGUGCUUGGGAUUGACGUGAGAUUGGAGAUGAAUCCUGAAUCAGAUGUGAUAUGUAAAGCUGCUUUACAAGAUGAUCGAUAUUUUUUUUUAUUGUUGAAAAAGAAAAAAACAUUUGUACAUUAAUAAAGUAUUUUUACCAUUCUAAA